AUGCGAUGCGCGAGAAAGGCCGCCGAGAGCGCGUCUGCACGUCUCUGUGUUGACGCCGAAGCAGAAACAACAGCAACUGAUGUCCCAUCGGUUGCUGAAGCGACCCAGCCUGUGUCACUUGGUGAUGCAGGCGCCGGUCAUGAAGACACUCGUGUCUUCACAGAGUACGAGCUCGGUGUCUCGUACUCUCCUGAUACGGAUGACGGAUCCGUAUCGACGGCGAUUGAAUCUAAGCCGCCAGCCAAGCGUGGCAUGGACGAUGCUUUGCGUCGCAGCAUCUUUGGUUCAUCUGAUGAAUCAGAUGAACCAUCGCCGAAGCGAAGGCGCUCGAGGUCGCGAGACUCGGGGCGCUAA